GAAGGUCCCCGACUCCACAUACGACAUGAUUGGUGGUCUGGACCAGCAGAUCAAGGAAAUCAAGGAGGUCAUCGAGCUCGGCCUCAAGCACCCCGAGCUGUUCGAGUCGCUUGGAAUUGCACAGCCCAAGGGUGUUCUCCUCUACGGCCCACCAGGAACCGGCAAGACCCUCCUCGCAAGAGCCGUCGCCCACCACACAGACUGCAAGUUCAUCCGGGUAUCGGGUUCCGAGCUCGUUCAGAAGUACAUCGGCGAGGGUUCCCGGAUGGUGCGAGAGCUGUUCGUCAUGGCGCGUGAGCAUGCACCUUCCAUCAUAUUUAUGGAUGAGAUCGACUCCAUCGGCUCGUCCCGUGUCGAGGGCUCCUCAGGGGGCGACUCGGAGGUGCAGCGGACCAUGCUGGAGCUACUGAACCAGCUGGACGGUUUCGAGCCUACCAAGAACAUCAAGGUCAUCAUGGCCACAAAUCGUCUCGAUAUCCUGGACCCUGCGCUGUUGCGUCCUGGCCGUAUCGACCGGAAGAUCGAGUUCCCACCACCAAGCGUCGAGGCCCGUGCCGAUAUCCUGAGGAUUCACAGCAGGAAGAUGAACCUGACAAGAGGGUUGAACCUGACCAAGAUCGCAGAGAAGAUGAACGGGUGCUCUGGAGCAGAGCUGAAGGGUGUGUGUACUGAGGCUGGCAUGUACGCCCUGCGAGAGAGACGAGUGCACGUCACGCAAGAGGACUUUGAGUUGGCAACAGCCAAGAUUCUGAACAAGCACGAUGGCAGCAAGGAGGUCAGCUUACAGCGCCUGUUCAAGUAAUCGCGUGUGUGAUCACUUGGACUGGGCGUUGCUCGUGCGCGUGUACCAGUAACGGGUUCGGUGGCGAUACAGCGGGAUGGGAUUCACAAUCAAAAGGCCCCCAUCGUGGCUUCUACGAUAGAUUGUAAAAAAACUUUUUUUCUAGAGGCAAUAAUUAACGACAACGAUGAUCAGAUCUGUACUUCUCCCUCG